AUGUCUGCCCACUAUGCCCUCCGCCAGCCACACAUAAAGACACCCGGCUCAAACUCCAACUUCUUCAACACAAACUUCAAAGCAUCCGCAGGCCAUCGCCAAAUGUCCACCCCAGCAGCAAGACUCAACUUGUCCAGACCAGUCACGAGGGCGUUGCUCGUCGGCGUCUUCCUGCUGGGUCUCAUACUCCUUACGCGGAGUACAGGCGAAAGUCAAGAAGGCGCCUGGGACACGUCGACGAUACACGAGCUGCGAGCUGGGGGCGCGUCGGUAGCUGGCAGAAGCUCCUGGUGGAACAGCAAACCAAAGCUCGUGACCGACGUUCGUGUUCCUCGCCCUAUCAGGACACGCCAGAACACCACCCUUCCGAGACCAACUCACCCGGGCAAGUCACGGCGAGUCAAGGCCGGCUCAGAUCCAGACGACCCGCAGUACAUCAUACGCCCGCUGCCCACACUCGACGAAGCCUGGGCGUUCUUGCACCCUUUAUUACGAGAAGCAAAGGAGAUGACACCAGAAGUGCCACGGGAGCAUGAAUUGACAGAACCAAUAUUCCCGCCGUUCUUGACAGCCGAUAUGGAGGAAAGAUUUAGGCACUUGAGAGAUGUCUAUGACUUGAGUACCGGGCAGUGGGUGAGGGGACCGGAAAGGAGAUGGUUCAUGGUGACGGUAUGUCGGCAGGUGGCUGGUAUGCUUGCGGACUGGUUUGCUGCUUGGACAAUCCUUGCCGACUUUCUAGGACCCGAGUCAUUAGCUUUCUCUCUCAUAGAAGGCGAUUCGCAGGAUGGCAGUGGCGAGAUCCUGGCGCAUGCAAUGCGCGCCCACCUCCUCAAUAUCGGUGUACCCCCCGCCAACAUUCAUAUCCAAACCGGCAUGCCCGCAGUCGACUGGGACGCAAGCCACCGAAUCGAACUCCUCGCCUCCAUGCGGAACGCAGGGAUGCAGCCCUUCUACGAUACCAUGCCCGAAGGUCUCGCACCAGAUGGGCACCCUUGGACUGCGGUCAUCUUCUUCAACGAUGUGUACAUUUCUGCUACACAUUUCUUGGAGUUGAUGCACCAGCACUUUAAGCAGGACGCGGAUAUGACUUGUGGAUGGGAUCACGCGGGAAAGUGGUUCUAUGAUGGCUGGGUCGGAAGGGAUAUGAGCGGAGAUCUUUACACUCCUUUCCCGGUGAAGGAAGAGGACAAGGAUCUGCCCCAAAAGCUUUUCCCUUCGUCCCCUGAAACGCUCCGCCGCUACAACCGCAUGCUCCCCUUCCAAGUCUUUGCCGCCUGGAACGGCGUCGCCGUCAUGUCCGCCGAGCCCUUCCUACCCCCAUACAACGUCCGCUUCCGCCGCGCCGCCGCCCGUACCGACGAUUUCUGGGAAUGUCAGGCUUCUGAAAGCUCCUUCAUUUCGUGGGACUUUUGGAAGUAUGGAUUUGGCAGGAUAGCGGUGGUGCCGGGGGUGCAUGCGACGUAUGGGAAAGAGGAUGCGAUGAUGAGGGGGUGGGUGGAUUUCCCGGAUGAAGGGGAUGGACAGGUGGCGGAGAUCAGGUGGAAUGAUUAUCCACCGAAGAGGGUCAGGUGUCAUGACUGGCCGGAUAAGCCUGGGAAGGGAUACUGGGCUUGGGAUACGGUACGAUGGGUCGAGCCGCCACCCCUCGAAACUCCUUUGCGCGAGGACGAAUAUCCCGAGCGUCCUUGA